GGUAAUUUUUCUGCAGUUUUAUCGUCCGACGGAGGCACGAGUAAUUACACCCCUGUGUAUGAUCCUCAACGGAAUGAGUUACGUACCGAAGUUUAACACUUGUAGUAUUUAGUUUCCUCAGACCACAAACCAUAAGCAAUAUUAACAGUGAAGCACAAAAACCUCAAGACCCGAGAGCCAAAGAGCGCAGAGAGAGAGAAAGAGCGCAUGUCUCUCUCUCUCCCUCUCUCUCUCUUUCUCUCAUAGCGUUCAGCAGUACGGACAGACUCUUCUCUUUUUCUCUCUCUCUUCAGUGGAUACAGCAGGGAACAGACAGAUCGCCUGUAGGAUGGAUUGUUAAAACUACCCUUGCGAGAAUAUUCAUCUAUUCCCUUUCAUUUCCUUGCCGGCACACUCUCUCGUGUACAUCCAUCUAUCCAUGUGUCCGGACGGGUUCUGAAUCGGACAGAAUGCGGAUCCUCGUGCUGAUUCCGCUGCUGUGGGGUCUUGGUGAGGGGGCUUUCCCCAGCAGUGUCCAAAUCGGUGGUUUGUUUAUAAGAAACACAGAUCAAGAAUACACUGCUUUCCGUUUGGCCAUAUUUCUACACAACACGAGUCCGAAUGCAACGGAAGCCCCCUUCAACUUGGUUCCUCAUGUGGACAACAUCGAGACCGCCAACAGCUUUGCUGUCACCAAUGCCUUUUGUUCGCAGUAUUCCCGUGGAGUCUUCGCCAUAUUCGGCCUGUACGAUAAGCGCUCGGUUCACACAUUGACGUCGUUCUGCAGCGCCCUUCACAUCUCCCUGGUGACUCCCAGUUUCCCCGCGGAGGGCGAGACGCAGUUUGUACUACAGCUGAGACCGUCCAUCCGAGGAGCCCUGCUGAGCAUUCUCGACCACUACGACUGGAACCGAUUCGUGUUCCUGUACGACACGGACCGAGGAUACGCCAUCCUGCAGGCCAUCAUGGAAAAGGCGGGGCAGAACGGUUGGCAGGUUAGCGCCAUCUGCGUGGAGAACUUCAACGAUGUGAGUUACCGUCGGCUGCUGGAAGACCUGGACCGUCGGCAAGAGAAGAAGUUUGUCAUCGAUCUUGAACCAGAACGACUCCAGAACAUACUAGAGCAGGUGGUGAGUGUGGGCAAACAUGUGAAAGGAUAUCACUACAUCAUCGCAAAUCUGGGUUUUAAGGAUAUUUCUCUAGAGAGGUUUAUGCAUGGUGGAGCAAAUGUAACUGGUUUUCAGUUGGUGGAUUUCAGCAAACCAAUGGUGAUCAAACUAAUGCAGCGCUGGAACAAACUGGACCAGAGGGAGUAUCCAGGUUCUGAAAGCCCACCCAGGUACACGUCCUCUCUGACAUAUGACAGUGUGCUGGUGAUGGCUGAGGCAUUUCGAAACCUACGCAGACAGAAGAUUGACAUCUCCCGCAGAGGCAAUGCUGGAGACUGUCUGGCCAACCCUGCUGCUCCCUGGAAUCAAGGCAUUGACAUGGAACGCACCUUGAAACAGGUGAGAAUCCAGGGUCUGACUGGGAACAUCCAGUUUGAUCAUUAUGGACGCAGAGUCAAUUAUACCAUGGACGUCUUUGAACUGAAAAGCAAUGGCCCACGCAAGAUCGGUUACUGGAAUGACUUGGAUAAACUGGUCCUGGUUCAGAACGAGCUCUCCAUGGGAAACGACUCCUCCAUGGAGAACCGAACGGUUAUCGUCACGACUAUAAUGGAAGGACCGUACGUGAUGUUGAAGAAGAACUGGGAGAUGUUUGAAGGUAAUGAGCAAUUCGAAGGCUACUGCGUGGAUCUGGCAUCCGAGAUCGCCAAGCACAUCGGCAUCAAGUACAAGAUCUCCAUCGUUCCGGACGGGAAGUACGGAGCGCGGGAUGCAGAGACGAAGAUCUGGAACGGGAUGGUUGGGGAGCUGGUGUACGGGAAAGCGGAAAUCGCUGUGGCCCCUUUAACAAUUACUCUGGUCCGGGAGGAGGUGAUCGAUUUCUCCAAGCCCUUUAUGAGUCUGGGAAUCUCAAUCAUGAUCAAGAAACCUCAGAAGUCCAAACCGGGCGUCUUCUCCUUUCUGGACCCGUUGGCCUACGAGAUCUGGAUGUGCAUCGUGUUCGCCUACAUCGGCGUGAGCGUGGUGCUCUUCCUGGUCAGCCGCUUCAGCCCGUACGAGUGGCACACCGAGGAACCCGAGGAAGGGUCCGACGGUCCGCCCAGCGACCAGCCCCCCAACGAGUUCGGCAUCUUCAACAGUCUCUGGUUCUCCCUGGGCGCCUUCAUGCAGCAGGGCUGCGACUUCACACCUCGGUCUCUGUCUGGGCGAAUAGUUGGAGGAGUUUGGUGGUUCUUCACUCUGAUCAUCAUCUCAUCCUACACAGCAAACCUGGCUGCAUUUCUCACAGUGGAGAGGAUGGUGUCACCUAUCGAGAGUGCUGAAGAUCUCGCCAAACAGACAGAAAUUGCAUACGGAACCCUUGAUUCUGGUUCCACCAAAGAGUUCUUUAGGAGGUCAAAGAUUGCAGUGUACGAAAAAAUGUGGAGUUACAUGAAGUCUGCCGAACCCACCGUCUUCACCAAGACGACGGCUGAGGGUGUGGCACGCGUACGCAAAUCGAAAGGGAAAUACGCCUUUCUGCUGGAGUCGACCAUGAACGAGUACACGGAGCAGCGCAAACCCUGCGACACCAUGAAGGUCGGAGGGAAUCUGGACUCCAAGGGAUACGGGGUGGCCACGCCCAAAGGAUCGCAGCUAAGAAAUGCUGUAAACCUGGCCGUGUUAAAGCUGAAUGAACAAGGGCUCUUGGACAAAUUGAAAAAUAAAUGGUGGUACGACAAGGGCGAAUGUGGCAGCGGGGGCGGGGACUCGAAGGACAAGAGCUCGCAGGCGCUGAGCCUAAGCAACGUGGCCGGAGUUUUCUACAUCCUGGUGGGCGGCCUGGGUUUGGCCAUGAUGGUGGCCCUGGUCGAGUUUUGCUAUAAGUCCCGCGCCGAGGCCAAGAAACUGAAGCUCACCUUCUCGGAAGCCGUGAGAAACAAGACCCGUUUGUCAAUCACGGGCAGCCUGGGGGAAAAUAGGCGUGUCCUGACGCCAGACUGCCCUAAGGCCGUGCGCUCCGGCCGCUCCUUCCAACAUGGCCCCGCCCUUGCUGUGGUAUCCUCGAACCUCCCAUAGAAACCAAAAACUCACCUUGUGCCUUAAACCAUCUUACCCCACUACCGGAGUUGUGAUUCAUGCUACGCCGGCGUACUAAGGAUGUAACCUCGAACCGGAUAAAACAAGAUUUCAUACUCACUGCAACUUCUGAAAUUGUAAACAUGUUCGGACCAACGUACGGCUGUUUGAUAUCGUGGAGCAUCGAGGACCCAUGACGCCUUAUCCGAAACUUUAACUUUGGGGACGAAUCACCAGACAAAAUCAUGUAGAAGACCAGUAAACUGUCAACAUAAAGACCACGUGCAUUUGAUUUUCACAAACAUUUUCCGGUUUACCGUCCUUCCCUGGUGGCAUCAGCAAUCCUGCAUUAUACGUAUUACGUACUUGAGUCUCACACAUACACAAACAAAUGUUGUUUGCAUUUUCCGAGAAAAAAUAUGUGUAUUUAUGACAUGACAUGGUCCACAAUCACUAGCUGUAAGUACUGAACUCUAUGUAGAUAAUCUCUCAGGAGCCAUCACAACGAGGGGGAAAAUAUUCAUUUGGGGCAAACGUCUCUUCAAUGAGAUUCACUUGAACCGCUUGCUUUUUGGACCCAUGUAUAUAGACCAGUAGUAAAGCUAAAGGCUCUUGUUUUAUACAGCAUAUUAGGUAAUAACUCAUUGCAAUAAUGAUUAUAGAAAGACCUGACUUGUAAUUAAGAGAUCUUUUAUAAACCCACAGUAUUAUGUAUAAAGAAAUAAAACUAUAUAACAAAGGGGAAGUCCUAAUAAAGAGAGCGUGAGACCAUG